AUGCCUGCAGGUGAAAUUACACAUCCCUCACGAACAGAGGAAGUGUUUCUGCUCACGGCUCUCCGAACGGCUGCCUUGCGGACUGAUGGUCGCAAAUUGCACCAAGCUCGGUCUGUGAGUGCAGAAUUUAGCGAGCGACUUGGCUGGUGCCAAGUGCAUGUGGGUGAUACCAUUGCCAUUGCUUCCGUUAAUGCCACUCUUUGUGAGCCACGGAAUGAUCGGCCCUAUGAAGGCAUUGUUCAAGUUCAUGCGAACCUCACACCUAUGGCCGGCGUUGAGUAUGACACUGGUGGUGUGCACGGCGCCACCGAGUCUCGUGAGCGAGAAGCUCUCUUCGAGCGACUGCUGGAAAGAGCCGUCCGACACUCUGAGGCGGUAGAUCGCGAAGCACUGUGUGUCCUGAGUGGCAAGGUCGCUUGGUGCGUUGAUGUAUCCGUUCACAUUCUGGCAGACCAGGGUGCUGCCAUGGAUGCUGCCGUUCUGGCGAGUAUGCUGGCUCUGCGACAGUACCGCCGUCCCGAGGUGACUGUGGAGAAUGGCCAGGUCACGGUGCACUCGCCAGAUGAACGCGUACCUGUACCUCUCGCAUUACAUCAUGUGCCACUAUGUGUAUCGUAUGCGAUUUUUGUACUAGUGCCAAAGAAUGGUCAAGAGCGUAGCUUGUUAUUGGCACAGUCUCCCACACUACCCGUCGAUCAAGCAGACUCUGAUAUGGAAGUGGACGGUACUUAUACCAACCCGAAUGUUACUGUGGCACUUCUUGACCCAUCUUUGCUCGAAUGCACUCUCGCCCACUCAAACAUCACAUUUGUCAUGAACGCGCAACGCGAAGUGUGUGUACUUGAUAAAGCAGGUGGUGUAGCUAUACCAUACCCAACCAUUCUGGGCCUCUUGGACGGAGCAGCUGCUCGUGCACGACAACUGUCGGACUUUCUCGAAUCCCAGCUGGCUGAGGAUUCUGCUCAACGAGUUCUCUCCAUCCGGUAG